AUGACCUCCCCCUUCAGGGACAUCAAGAACACACCUCUGCAGAGAAGACCUCCCCCUUCAGGGACAUCAAGAACACACCUCCGCAGAGAAGACCUCCCCCUUCAGGGACAUCAAGAACACACCUCCGCAGAGAAGACCUCCCCCUUCAGGGACAUCAAGAACACACCUCCGCAGAGAAGACCUCCCCCUUCAGGGACAUCAAGAACACACCUCCGCAGAGAAGACCUCCCCCUUCAGGGACAUCAAGAACACACCUCCACAGAGAAGACCUCCCCCUUCAGGGACAUCAAGAACACACCUCUGCAGAGAAGACCUCCCCCUUCAGGGACAUCAAGAACACACCUCCGCAGAGAAGACCUCCUCCUUCAGGGACAUCAAGAACACACCCCCGCAGAAAUGACCUCCCCCUUCAGGGACAUCAAGAACACACCUCCGCAGAGAAGACCUCCCCCUCCAGGAACAUCAAGAACACACCUCUGCAGAGAUGACCUCCCCCUUCAGGGACAUCAAGAACACACCUCCGCAGAGAAGACCUCUCCCUUCAGGGACAUCAAGAACACACCUCCGCAGAGAAGACCUCCCCUUUCAGGGACAUCAAGAACACACCUGUGCAGAGAAGACCUCCCCUUCAGGGACAUCAAGAACACACCUCCACAGAGAAGACCUCCCCCUUCAGGGACAUCAAGAACACACCUCUGCAGAGAAGACCUCCCCCUUCAGGGACAUCAAGAACACACCUCCACAGAGAAGACCUCCCCCUCUAGGGACAUCAAGAACACACCUCCGCAGAGAAGACCUCCCCCUUCAGGGACAUCAAGAACACACCUCCGCAGAGAAGACCUCCCCCUUCAGGGACAUCAAGAACACACCUCCGCAGAGAAGACCUCCCCCUUCAGGGACAUCAAGAACACACCCCCGCAGAAAUGA